AGUGCGCGUCGGGGCUGCUCCCGGGAGGAAGGCGGAAAGGAGGCUAGGGGCUGCCGCUGAGCGUGGCGUCGCGCGUUCCCGCGCGUUCCCGCGCGUCCCCGCUUCCCGCGCCGCGUCCCGGGAGGAGGCGGGGGCGCAGUCCGCCCAGCUCCCCUGCGCCCCGAGUCUGCGCCGGGCGGCGCUGGGCGGACUGGCAGCGCGGGCCCGGUGGCUGCCAGUAGCCGCCAGGGCUUCGGGGGCGAACGAACAUCCACGGUGCCGGAGGAUCCUAUCGCCGAGCCUGCCUCCUGCGCCCGCGGUGGAACUUUUUACCGCCUUUUGGUUCCAGAUUCGAGGCUUGGGCCGUUUAUAAAUAUAUCUAUACACAUGUGUGAUCUAAUAAAACGUGUUCUCUUCUCUCUGAGGCAGCAGCAUUUUAUGAAAUCUCUUUUAUGUCAGAGACACUUGCCUGGCUUCUUUGGGUUAUAAACUUUUGGUGUGAGCCCUCUGCAGAACGUGCCCAACUGAAUUCUAAAGUAGCAUCUCGAAGAGAGAGAGAGAAAGAGCAAUCUGUGACCUUCAUCCUGCACCUUCCUUCUCUCUCCCUUCCCGCUGCCUCCCUCCUCCCCAGGGAGCGUCAAGAAAGCUCUUUUUUGGAUGCAGGAGGGGCAUCUGGUUCUGCCAAGCUGGAAAGCUGAGGCAAGAUUUGAGGAAGAAUCAUUAGGCUCCGGAGAGCCUGGACUCGUUUCUGCUUCUGACUUGCUCCAUCCCUUCCUCUCCCCAAACCACUUCCUGAGACCCGCCGGUGUGCGGGGCGGGGACAAGGACCGUGCUGCUGCCGGCGUUCUGGGAAGUUGUGGCUGUCGAGGAUGGGGGUCUGUGGGUACCUGUUCCUGCCCUGGAAGUGCCUCGUGGUCGUGUCUCUCAGGCUGCUGUUCCUUGUACCCACAGGAGUGCCUGUGCGCAGCGGAGAUGCCACCUUCCCCAAAGCUAUGGACAACGUGACGGUCCGGCAGGGGGAGAGCGCCACCCUCAGGUGUACCAUAGAUGACCGGGUCACCCGGGUGGCCUGGCUAAACCGCAGCACCAUCCUCUAUGCUGGGAGUGACAAGUGGUCCAUAGACCCUCGUGUGAUCAUCCUGGUCAACACACCGACCCAGUACAGCAUCAUGAUCCAAAACGUGGACGUUUAUGACGAGGGCCCGUACACCUGCUCUGUGCAGACGGACAACCACCCCAAAACUUCACGGGUUCACCUCAUUGUGCAAGUUCCUCCGCAAAUCAUGAAUAUCUCCUCAGACAUCACCGUGAACGAGGGGAGCAGCGUGACCCUGCUGUGUCUUGCUAUUGGCAGACCAGAGCCAACUGUGACCUGGAGACACCUGUCUGUCAAGGAAGGCCAGGGCUUUGUGAGUGAAGAUGAAUACCUGGAAAUCUCCAACAUCAAACGUGACCAGUCUGGGGAGUAUGAAUGCAGCGCCUUGAAUGAUGUUGCUGCACCUGAUGUGCGGAAAGUCAAAAUCACUGUAAACUACCCUCCCUAUAUCUCAAAAGCCAAGAACACUGGUGUCUCGGUUGGUCAGAAGGGUAUCUUGAGCUGUGAAGCCUCUGCUGUGCCUACAGCUGAAUUCCAGUGGUUCAAAGAAGAUACCAGGCUAGCGACUGGCCUGGAUGGCGUGAGGAUUGAGAAUAAAGGGCGUAUAUCCACUCUGACUUUCUUCAAUGUUUCAGAAAAGGAUUAUGGGAACUACACUUGUGUGGCCACAAACAAGCUUGGGAACACCAAUGCCAGCAUCACACUGUAUGGGCCUGGAGCAGUCAUUGAUGGUGUAAACUCGGCCUCUAGAGCGCUGGCUUGUCUCUGGCUAUCAGGGACCCUCUUUGCCCACUUCUUCAUCAAGUUUUGAUAAGAAACCAUAGGUUCUCUGAGCAACGUCUGCUUCUCCAUAUCACAGACUUUAAUCUACACUGCGGAGGGCAAACCAGUUUGGGCUUCUUUUUGUUUCUUUGUUUCUGAUAUUCUUCUUGAUUUUUUUUUUACUUUUGGGUUUUGUUUGUUUAUUUGAUUUUUUUAAGUUUAAAUGAGUGGGGUUGGGGGAGGGGUGGGCAGGGUUCUACCAUGUGUAGGAUAAUCAUUCAUUGGUGUGUCCAAAAGUGGAAUAUGUUUCUGCUAGCUUGGCCCUUCCCUCCCUUCUGCUUCUCUCCUCCUCAUCAUCAUCACUGACCUCUCCUCUCCCAUACACCAAAACAUGAGCUCCAUUUGGACAAAAAAUGUGCCUCAUGAUAAACACCCUGAAGACACAACUUGACUUAUAAUGUAGUGCACAGCAAGAGUUAUAUUCAAGUGUCCUAUUAUCUGUAUCUUUUAAGCUUUGGACCAUUUUCCUGAUUAUAAUGUACAUAUAGCCCUCCAUCCAUGUUUAUUAUUAUCUAAUUACACUAGGGUUCACAUCCUUUCUUUCUGGGAAGUCAUCACAAUGUGUGUGUAUUUGUCACAAACACACAUGCAUGUAUAUAAUCUUGCCCUAUUUGCAUUUAUCACCAACUACAGGGAUUAUUACAGGUUUGGGGAUAUUUAUUCAACCCAACAUUAAAAACUUAGAAAUCAAAUGGCCAAAAAGGGGGGAGGCAUUUUGAGGAUAGCAUUUCUCUUUUUAAAAAAAAUGUGUGUAACUUACAAAAAAAAUGACUUAUAGAUGGCUGAAUAUUUAGGUUUUAUCAAGCUAUCUAUCAAAGAAAUCAUAUAGUUAUCCAUCUACUCAAUUAUCUGAUUCAUCUCUCCAUUCAAUUACCUACCCACCCAUCUUCCUCUCUAGCAAUCUAUUUACUCUAUUUAUCAAUCUAUCAGUGUAAUUAUCUAACACUUCUUUCUAUUUCUUUCCCCACUACUCACUAUCAAUUCAUCACCAUAUUAAUAUCUAGUCAUAUUGUGUCUAUUCAAUUGUACUCAUUUCUCCUCUACCUUCAACAGACAUUGGCAUCUUCAAAAUUAUCUAUCAACUUCCCAUGUGAAAGCCAAUGAUCUCACAGGCUAACAACAUAGAAAGCAAUAUGUCAUGGACUCCUUGGAAUGUGGUGGCCCAUCCACCCAAAGCAGAUGCUGAUAACAGAUGGACCAAAGUGGGAUUCCAAUGACCACUCACUCACUAUUCCCAGAAGAGACCGUAUUUCCAAAACCAUCUUCUCAGGAAGCAGGUUGACCCUGGAGAAGCCUUGAUAGGUACUGUAUUUUCCUUUUCUCACUCUUGAAGGACUGAGGCUUCUCUCAGCCUUUCAAGAAAGUGUAUGUCAGGAACCUAUGGGAUUACCUGCAUGGCUGGCUUUUCUUUAUAGCAAGAACAUAAAGGAAAAAACACAUUUCUGUCUGUGGAGUGUGAAGAGGGCAGUCCACCUGUCUGAGUGCAAUGACUUCAGCUAUUGUCUCCUCUCUGCUCCAGUUUUAGCUUAAUCUGUUUGAAAACUACCCAGUAAAAAAGCUGAUGAAGCCAAUUAUGUGGUGGGUGUGUUGACAACUCUGGUAUUUGUUUCAGGAAGCUCUUCUGAGCUGAGGAGGGCACUUGAGCAACUGACUUAAUUUCCAAGCACUUGAUUAACACAACACUGCAAAGAGAAGGGGAAAAGUGUAAGUGACACACAAUUUCCUCUGAUACAGCUUUUCUCCAUUGGCCUAGGGGAAGAAUGUCUUCAUUUCUCUGUAUUUAAAGCAGACCCAGCAUAUGAUGUUUCUGCAUUAUCUCCUGGGGCAACAAGGAUUCAGCCAGCAGGGUACCGGUGAACCAGUGGAAGAUCAUUGAAAAUCAUAUAAGUCUGUGCUCCUCUUUACCUGUGCUACAGGGACUGACCUACUGAGAGGAUGAGAAAGAAGCAUCAACAAGGACUAUCUCACAGACCUGCUCUCCCUCGAUGGGAAAACUCUUUCAGGAAAAUAAUACAUAAUAAAUAGGUGUGUGGAGACUAUAUAUGUAGUCUAUACACACACACACACACACACACAUACACACACAUAUACACGUGUGUGUGUGUGUGUGUAUGCUGUCUUGGCAUACAAAAAGCUGUACUUUCAUAGGAGUUAGAGCUGGUGCAAGUGAAAUUAAUAUUACAUUUACCAGCUGUAAACAGACAUCUGCAUUUCCUAGUGAACCGCCAGGAGCUAGAAUCUGGGAACAUAAAUGAUGUGCCAAGAGCACUGUAUCGAUUCCAAGUUCCAGGGCCAAUUAUGAGCAGGCAUCAAGUCAUAAUUAAAAGUCGGACAUCAGUGUUUCAUAUCUGUCACCACAUACAGCACCUGGAAUCGGGUUGGUGUCAGACAUUGUAUGAGAAUUAAAUGUGUCAUUGGAGUGUUCUACUGAUAGCAAAUGUGCCACUUUGGAGUAAAAGAAAUAUGGAGGCACUGGGCAGUGUUGGUGAUUCUGGAGAAUACGGAUCUCGAAAUGGACAAGCUGUAAAUGUCCUUCAUUAUAAGAGUCCUUCUAGAGGAAGGGGGCCAUCCCCCUAUGCAGGAAGAUCACCAGCACCUUUGGAACAGAGCAAGGCUGGUCUCAGAGCCACUGUGAAACUCUGCAUGCCCUCUUUUACUGGAUAGCAAAGCACCUCUGGGAGUUGCCUCUUCCAGCCACAUUCUGCAGGGGGAAAACUACAACUAAUCCUCAUCUGUCUGUGAUAAAGAAAACCAAAUAAAUAAGACCCAAGGAAACUGGGCACUGGGAAAGGAAAUUGCUCUUCCUCACAGCAGAUGUACCUCAGCCUCUGUGUUGUUCGGGUUACUUUGGUGGGGAUGGCUCUAUAUGACGGUAGUUCUUCCCCAGCAUUUUGAAGCAUCCAGAACAGUAAAUGCUCACUAAAGACAACAUCCACACUUCCACCUGCUCUUUCAACUUUACAUAUGGAGGGUAUGUGGAUAAGGCCUGCUGGAUGGAAUUUUUUUGAGGUAUUAUAUGGGGGUGGAGCUAAGGGUAAAGGAGGGAAAAAUAAACAAGUCCCUCAGCAACUGAAAGCUCUUUAUGGGUUUCCUGAGGGAAGAAAACCAAUAGUGCUUAUCAGGAGAGAGGAAUUCAGCAAUGCAGCUACUCUGAAACCUUCCCCUUCCCAAAGCAAAGUUAAUAUGGACUUCCACCAAAGUAAUGCCAAUGAAAGUGCUAGUGCUCAGAUGGUGGCCAAGCUCGCUUUUUCAGAAGUUUAAUGUCAAGUGCCUGAUAUAGUCAUCUGCAAGUCUAAGCAAGUGUGUGUAGUUUUUCUCAUUCUUGUUUUAACUGGGGGAGAGGAGAGAUACAAGAGAAUGGGGUGCAAACAUGCACAUAUUUUAUGCAGAGAACACCAAGAAAGGUUGUUCUGCUGCAAUUGUGUAUAAAUGAAUAGAAGGAAAGCUAAGGCUUUGUAUCAUUAAGAGGCCUGAGCCUCUUGCCUCUGAAACCAGUGCCUCAUACUAGAUGACAUGUGGGUAGAAAGUGUGCUCUGGACUCCAGAAACUCCACAACCAAGGAUGAGUUUAAGGAUCUGUUGCUGUGUCGAUCCAGUUACCUUAUGCUCCACAUGGAGGAAUCAACAAGUUCCACCUAUGUCAAAAGAACUCUUAUGUGGAAAGUGGAGAGAACCUCAAGGUGGGCAGUGGAUCCCAAAGAGAGUUUAUCACUGUCACUGCAUCAGGAGUGGCUGUACAUUGAAUAACCUGGUUUUUGCCGGGGCUUCCAGAACCCCCGAGAUCAUCUUCUCCUCUGUAGUUGUGUAUGAAUGUUGUCAGCCCUAUCAGUAGAAGGAUGGGAGAAAUGGCUCAAGGUGAGGAGAGAUAGGGGGUGGGGGUAUCUCUCCCAAUUUCAUUCUGGGUCUUCAGCAGAGAAAAACUGGCUUUGCGACACCUACACACAGCCCUCCGUACCUCCCCACCACCACCCCCUCUUUAAAAAAAUCCACAUUUUAAUUUUUAUUUUUUAAAAGCAAAGUUUAAUCGUUUUGGAAUUAGGGGAAGCAGCAUAAAAUUGUUCUUCUCAGAAACAUGCAUUUUUACUUUUUUGGUCCAAUAAGGAGAAUCUUUUCUGUCAUUUUGCACAAGAUCUAUGUUUAGAAAUGCUUAUACUUAAUUGCCUCCUCUCCUACUAUCCAAAGUUUCCCUGUCUUUUUCUUUUAAGACAAAUGAGUUUGAGCAGUUGCAGUAACACUUCACAGGUGUGUAAGUAGGAAGACAUCAUUUUCAAAAACAUACCAUAUGAUGAGAACUCCUAGUGAUCACUAAAAGUAAACAAAUAAAAAUGCCAGUCUCAUUUCCCUCAUUUCUUAUUUAAUAGAAGAGAAGUAAAUGAAAGGAAGAAGAAAUAGAUUUGCAAUUAAAAGAUGUGGCAAAAAGAGCUGAACGAGUGCAAUUUAGCCUUCAGGUGCAGAAUAAUGGGAGUCCAAAGGAAUGUGGAGUGGACUUAAUUAGACGCAAUUGUCUUCAUCCUGAAAGUAGCCAGCUAAACCUAAUUUCCAGUCUUUUGAGAGAUUCCUUUUUGUUUCUUUCAAGGGUGCCCUUUUAAAGGCACAUGGUUAUUCCAGUUGUUCCACACCACUGAGUGCAGAAAGAAAGAUUGUGAACCUUCUACUAUUCUGUCUCAACCACAUUCUCUGCUAUGGGCAGAUUUAUAAGGAUAUCAAUAAUAGCAAUGAUAAGUAAUAAUAGCUGCCUUGCAUUAGUUAGAGGGAGCAUUUUUAAUUCUACAAAAAUUUUUGUGACAUGUAAAGUGCAGUUGUAAGGAAUGUGUGCGUGUACGAAAAUGUAUCUGUCAAGUUCAGAGUCCUCUGGAUUAAAAACAAUUAUGACUUAUCAAUGGUGCCGUCAUAGCUGUGUCAGACAAUGGGUGGACCCAUUCUCACAAUUACCCUUCAAACAAAUCUAUGUUCAAAUGCUUUAAAAAUUUACCACAUGAUACAACAGUAUAACUUUGUCAGUCUCCUAGAGUUCUUUGAUUCUUUAUUUUUUUCCAAUAUUUUUUUUCCUUAAAAAUCAAUGAAGACUUGAUUUCUGUCAAUAAUUGUAUUAAGGGUGAAUAUACUACCUGAAUUCUGUGCAUGUUACAUUGUAGUUGUAACCUUUUCUAAUUCAGGAUGAAUACGAGAUGGUCGUGAUUGUGCAGUGUAUCAAUAAAGUUCAAAGAAAUUUGUACUUUUGGGGGGGGCUUUUUAUUAGAAUAUAUCACUGAGUAUUCAGGAAUGGAGAAAAGUGACGCAGACUAUGCUUCUCCCAUAUGUGUGUUUUAGGCUUUGGGGAGUAGAUGCAAUCAAAUAUGCUAGUCUCUCUUUCUCUCUCUCCCUCUCUCUCUCUCGGCAUAGAAGGCAGUCUAAGCACUUUCUAUAUUACACGUGUUAUCAAAUGUCUAUGCCAUCUACAAAUAAUAUAAAAUGUAUCUGCAGCCUCAAAGUGUAAAAAAUGUAUUGUUUGACCUAGGCUCAAUGGAAUCAGAAGAGCAGUUUCAGAAAAAUAAUGACAGAUACUCCUUAGUUUGAAACUCUAUUCUUUAAUAAUUUCUACAGUUUGAUUCCACUGAAUUAAGCACAACUGUGACAAGAGUAAGUAUGAGAAGAUAUGGUGGCUAUGAUAUACAUUUAUUCACAGAAGUGUAUGCCAUGUUUUAAUUGUCCUCCAUCUUAGGUUUUACAGUAGUGUACAUAUGGGUAUUAGCAUGAAAAAGAGACCUGGAGAAGAAGCUGCAUUUCUAUGAUUACCUUUUCUAAAACACCUUUCUCUUUCACCAAAACUCCAGUGCCCUUACCCUCAUCACACAUGCAUUUGCUUUUCUGAAGGAAUGGAUAUUAACCUCUUCUGUGCACUCAGCUUCUCAUCAACCAUUUGUAUAUCAAAUAGCCCUUCUGCAAUUAACUAAAUAUGUGAUCUUGGACUGGACAUUGGAUCUUAGUGUUUAUUUUCUCCUCUGUACCAUUUUUUAAUUUGCACUUCUCAGCGUGUUUUAGUUCUCAAUUAUCUAGGCAGUUUUUGGUUCUCUUUCAACCACUGGAUUUCUCAAGACUUCCCUUAAAUAAAGCUUAAAAUCAACAACUGGUUAUGGUUUGGGAAUUCAGCAAGAAGGGGGUUAAGAUUCUUCAACUGAUAUUACAGUAUGGGUAGCACCUCUGGCCUACACCCCAAGUUUGAGUUACGAGGGUGGUUUCUUCUUGACUUUCUAGGCA